AUGUCCGCAGAGAAUUUCGAUGAGAUGAGGCGCCUUUUUCCUCUCACAGUCACUUCGAGCCAUGAGGUUUCGAAACUCGCGCGUGAACGACCGCCUUGUGCUAGGUCCCGGCGCGGAGAACGCGUCGCCACGUCGCCACGCCCCGGCGCGCUGCGCUCGGCGUUCAUUGACGGCGUCUUCUUCGUUCAUCGAGCGGUGCUUUCGUUGAGGUAG